CAGAGGCUGAACACACAGAGAGAGAGAGAGAGAGAGAGAGAGAGAGACACACAGAGAGAGAGAGAGGGAGAGAGAGAGAGAGAGAGAGAGAACUUUGCCGUCAUAUCAGCAAUUAGAUCAAGGAGUAGCAGAGAGGGCAUUAUGACCGCAUUAAGGAGGAAGCUGGUGGUGGUUGGCGAUGGUGGCUGUGGUAAGACCAGCCUGCUGUUUGUCCUCAGCAAGGACGAGUUCCCCGAAGACUACGUUCCCACGGUAUUCGAGACCUACGUGGCGGAUAUAGAAGUGAACCAGAGGCUGGUGGAGCUGGCGCUGUGGGACACCGCUGGCCAGGAGGACUAUGACCGCCUGCGGCCCCUCUCCUACCCUGACACUGACGUCAUCCUCAUCUGCUUCUCGGUGGACAGCCCCGACUCACUGAGGAACAUUCCAGACAAGUGGAUGCCCGAGGUCAGGCACUUCUGUCCCGGUGUGCCGGUGAUACUGGUGGGUAACAAGAGGGACCUGCGGAGUGACCAGCGAGUGCGGAAGGAGUUGGCCCGGAGCAGGAAGGAGCCGGUGAGGUGGGAAGAGGGCCGGGCGAUGGCCGAGAGGAUCGGGGCGUACGAUUACCUGGAAUGCUCGGCCAAGACGAAGGAAGGCGUCUGGGAGGUUUUCGAAACCGCCACCAGGGCCACCUUGAAAGUCUCGUCAACGGGGUGUUUCGGCUGCCAGUGCGUGCUGAUGUAAAGACUAAACCCCCUCCCCUCCCCACCCAAAACCGGCCAACAACUCAGUGACCUGUCUGAGGUUCUAAACGAGGGGCAGGGGGAAGAGAUAAAGAUCCACAACACUGCAACCUUCCAAGCAGGCGCCCGCGGGUAGUGCACCUGCCUCUGGGCCACACAGCUACAGAAUCAAGUCCCACUCCAAAGAGACUGGAGCACAAACUCCAGGCAGUGCAGCAAGUGCCAACUUUCAGAUAAGACGUUUAAACAAAGGCCCCAGCCCCAGCAGGGGGGUGGGGUAGGCAGUAAGAUCAGCUCUUUGCCCAAUUUCGAAGGUGAUC